AUGAACAUCCGCCGUGCUCGGCCGGAUGAUCUGAUGAACAUGCAGCACUGCAACCUGCUGUGCCUGCCCGAGAACUACCAGAUGAAGUACUACUUCUACCUCGGCCUCUCUUGGCCCCAGCUCUCCUACAUUGCUGAGGAUGAGGAUGGCAAGAUCGUGGGCUAUGUCCUGGCCAGGACGGAGGAGGACCCCGAUGAUGUCCCUUAUGGACACAUCACUUCACUGGCUGUGAAACGUUCCCGCCGGCGCCUUGGCCUGGCCCAGAAGCUGAUGGACCAGGCCUCGCGGGCCAUGAUCGAGAACUUCAGCGCCAAGUAUGUCUUCCUGCACCUUUAUUCCAACACCCUGAACUUCCAGCGUGUCAGAUCCACUCCUUACUCAGCUUUGCUCGUGCAAACCACCUUAACUCUCUCUAUUCAGCAGAAAGGAAGCCUGACAUGCACAGCAAAUGUCUGUAGCACAUGGAGGUUCCACUCCGUCAUUGCCCUCACUCCUCCAGAGAACUGCCAACUCGCAUCUGAGAAGCAAGAGGAACCUGAACAGCUGUCCAUCUUUAUGCAGAUGCAGCAUGAAAUCUCACUGCCCGAAACAAUUCAGAAGCACCGCUGGGAACAGUGCUAUUGA